AUGGGUACUAUACCACGUGAUGCGCAAAUUAUGGAAGCUAUUUUAAAGGAAAUGGAAAUUACCGAUUAUGAACCGCGUGUAAUUUCGCAGAUGCUCGAGUUUGCCUAUAGAUACACGGUAGAAAUUCUCGAAGAUGCUCGCUCAAUCAGUGAGCAUGCGGGAAAGAAGCAAAUCGAUGAAGCUGAUGUACAAUUUGCCAUCGAUAACGCAGGUUUUUGGAAAAGUGAACGACCGAGUAGGCAGUUAUUGGUAGAAUUUGCAGAGCAGAAAAAUGCUGUGCCACUUCCUGCAAUUCGGCAAAAUUACGGAUUGCGAUUGCCAAAUGACCGAUUUUGUUUGAUACAACCAAAUGUGGGAUGGAAGAGUAAUGAGCAGUUACGCGAAAUCAACGAACAGAUGAUCCGGAAGGAAGAACCAAUCGCACGAUCAGCAGAAACAGUUCGACAAACGCGACCGGAAGCUAUCACCAAUCUAUUGAAACGGAAAGCGCCUGAUGAUGAAGAUUUUGACAUACCAUAA